AGAAGUGUUGUAACCGUGACCUCCUUUCGACCCGAAUUUCUCAAAGCUUCGUACAUAUCUCAACAUUCCUGAUGGCUGGCGAUAAGGAAACGCUACUCAGCAUGGGAUUCGACCCAGCCCGUGUCGACUGGGCAUUAAGAGCGACUAAUAAUCGCGGUUUGCAGCCUGCUAUGGAUCACAUUCUGGAGAACGAAGGGAAGCCUAUUCCAGAUCCGAGCGCUGCUCCUACGAGUGCAUCAGGCAGCACGGGGCAGCCUAUGGACGUCGAUGUGGACGACGAAGAUGAAGAUGCCCUGCGGCACUUGAUGGGAACUAAGGCUCGUGCCACAUCGAGUACUGAAGCAGAGGCCAAGAGUAUCAAAUGCUCAGAAUGCGGCAAGGUAUUUAAGACCACGGCGUUGGCUAAUUACCAUGCCGAGAAGAGUGGUCAUGAUCAGUUUGAGGAGUCCACGGAAGAAAUUAAGCCACUUACGGAGGAAGAGAAGCAGCAGAAGUUGGCUGAGCUCCGAGAAAAAAUAGCUGCAAAGCGCAGCGUGAAAACUCAACAAGAAGCCGCAGAAGCACGUGCGAACGAAGCUAUUCGUCGCAAGACUGGCAAGGACGUCGGCAAACUGAAAGAUGAGUUGAUGGCCAAGGAGCUCGUGAAAGAAGCUGAGCAGAAGCGUAGAGAGAAGCUUGAGGAUGCCAAAGCCAAAGCCGCGGUAAAGGCCCAGAUUGAGGCAGAUAAGAAAGCCCGUGCAGAGAGGACUGCAAGGGAGAAAGCUCUACGUGACGGCCAGCCAAUUAUUGACGCACCAGCCGGUGCGUCAACGACUCCAGCGGUGACAGCGUCCUCAUCCAGCGGCACAAGUGGGAAGGACUUCAAAGAGACUCGUCUCCAAAUCCGCAUGGCAACUGGGGGAACGCCUUACACGACCACCCUGUCAAGUGAUGCGACGUUACGUGAAGUUGCUGAAUUUUUGGCUGCCCAAACGCUUGCCGUCGACGUGGAAACGGUGGCAUUCGCCCAGCAUUUCCCCAGGAAAACUUUCUCCCGCGAUCAGUUUAGCAAAACACUGAGGGAACUCGGAUUGACGCCGUCAGCGGUCCUCAUUGCGUCCUAAGGCGAUAUAUCGGCUGUGACUUGGAAUAGCUAUGAUAUUUUCGGAAUGGAAAUCUAGCAGGAAUGAAACGUGCAGUUGUACACCGCCACAAUGAAUUGACCUUUGUAUAUCAUGGUCAAUGGAUAUAAAGUGACAGAGAUGAGAAAAAAAUGGGUGAAACAUGCUAAAUGUAAGUAUGGAGAAGAAUGUCUGUGUAAUCAAAACAAAUGAAGAAACCAAGUUAAGAAUAUUCGAAGAGCGAUAUCGAUAAUGAAAACAAAUGAAGAAACCAAGUUAAGAAUAUUCGAAAAGCGUUAUCGA